AUGUCGGGGGAGAACGCAGCGCUGGGAAUAUUCUAUCCUCGAUGGAGAGGGGGGGGGUCGCCUUCAACCUCACCACACAGGAGGAGGAGGGAGUCCCUCACCCUGAACCAGCCCCUGGAUUUUGAGCGGAGGCAGUCCUUUGUGUUUCGGGUGGAGGUUGUGAACACGUACAUCGACCCCUGUUCCUGCGGCGCGGCCCCCUUCAAGGACGUGGCGACCGUGCGCGUGGCCGUGCUGGACGCGAACGAGCCCCCCCCCGCUUCUCAGAGUCCGCACUACAGCAUGGGGGUGCAGGAGAACAGCCCCCCCCCUGACCGCUGUGGGGGCGCGUGGCAGCCCGGGACCCCCGACACUGCGGGGGCCAUGCCCAUCCGGUUCUUUAUUGACCCACACUCAGACCCGGAGAGGUUGUUCAGUAUCGACCCACGAGACGGGACCAUCAGAACCACCACAGAACUGGACCGAGAGAGCAGCGACUGGCACAACAUCACCGUCAUAGCAACGGAAAUGAACAGCCCAGCGCAGUCUUCUCGAGCUCUGGUGGCGAUUCGAACCCUGGACCUGAACGAUAACCCCCCCGAGCUGCAGCACGGGUUCCAGGUUGCAGUCUGUGACAACGCCAAGCCGGGGCAGCUGGUCCAGGUGAUUGGUGCGGUCGAUCAGGAUGAGCAGGGAGACGACAGUCGGAUUCAUUUCAAACUGCUCCCCGACUCUGCAACGGAGAAGAACUUCACUGUGAAAGACAACCGAGAUAACACAGCCAGUCUCCUCCUCCUCUCCCCCUUCCCCUCUCGCCCCCACCUGUCCCCUGUCUUUGUCCCCGUGGUGGUGUGGGACAGUGGACAGCCCCCUCUGUCCAGCACGGGGACGGUGACUGUGUCGGUGUGUGAGUGUGGACAGGGCAGGGACAGUGUCCAGCAGGACAGUGUCCAUCCGGGUCUGAGCUCCUGUCGCCCCCUCCAGCUCGCCUCUCCAGCGACGGGACUCAGCACUGGGGCCUUGCUCGCUAUACUGGCCUGCAUCGCAACUCUACUGGCUAUCGCCUGCCUCUUCGUCUCUCUGCGCCGGCAGAAGCACGACUCCCUGUCAGUGUUCGAGGACGAGGACGUGCGGGAGAACAUCAUCACCUACGAUGACGAGGGGGGGGGCGAGGAGGACACUGAGGCCUUCGACAUCUCGGCCCUGCAGAACCCAGACGGGGCCGGCCCCGGAACACAGACCCGGUGGCCCCGGAAGGAGGGGGAGCCAGCGGGAGUCUCCUACGGGAGCAGCACCAUGGGAUACCAAACCCGGAGCGUGAGGAAGGAGAACGGGCCAGCCAGCUACGAUAAUGGCACUGCGAGAGAGGAUAAUGGCUCUACGGGCUUCAGUAAUGGCACUAUGAGAAAAGACAGCAGUGCUAUGGGCUUCAUUACUGGCACUAUGAGAAAAGACAGCAGUGCUAUGGGCUUCAUUACUGGCACUAUGAGAGAGGAUAAUGGCUCUAUGGGCUUCAAUAAUGGCACUAUGAGAAAUGACAAUUCUGCAGCCAACUCCCAGGCUGGCACCUUGAGGAAUGAGGGCAGCGCGCCAGGGGAGGGAACAGCGGGGGUGAGGAGACAGCCAGACCUGAGUGCGCAGUCAGGGCCGCCUGAAUCAAUGGGCACAGCCGGGACUCCUUCCUACCUGUCCUGUACCUACCCCGGGGGGGGCGGUGGGAUGGGGGGUGGGUACUUCCUAGCGAGGCAGGAUGUGAAGCCUGCACAGUUUUAUGUGGCGGGACGCAGGUUCAGCGGGCAGAUUCUGGGGUUCGCCUGCAACAGGGGGGAGAGGCUGGAGGUGGGGGGGUUUCUCAACCCCCCUUGUCUGGUCGGCCGCCCCCCAGAUAGGGGGUUGAACCCGGGGGGGCUGGACGGGAGGGGUGGGGAGCUGUGUUUGAGCGUCUCCGAGUUCCUUAGGCUCCGAUUGGUCCAGGCGGAUUGCGACCCCUCCCUGACCCCAUACGAUUCGAUCCAGGUGUAUGGCUAUGAGGGUGAGGGGUCGCUGGCGGGGUCACUGAGCUCCCUGGGGUCGGAGGGCAGCAGGGGGGCGGGGGAGGGGGGGCCCGAGGACUGGGGGCCCCGGUUUGAGAAGCUGGCGGAUUUGUACGGAGCGGGGGGGAAGGGAGAGGGAGGGGGAGGGGGGGAUGUGGAGGCGGAGGUGGAGGAGGAGGAAAAGGGGGAUGGGGAGUAA